AUGUGGGAUAAAAUGGAGACUCCGACAAUCGUCUACGACCUGGACACCACCGGUGGCCUGAUGGAGCAAAUACAGACUUUGCUCGCACCACCCAAGUCCGAAGAUGCGGAGAAAAGAAGCCGAAAGCUGGACAGGAGCACCAGGAGAUCGGGCCGGGCGACAAACCACGACACUUGCGACAGUUGCCGGGAAGGAGGGGAUCUCCUCUGCUGUGAUCACUGCCCUGCUGCCUUCCACUUGCAGUGCUGUAACCCACCACUUAGCAGGGAAAUGCUGCCCCCUGGUGACUGGAUGUGCCACCGCUGCACAGUUCGUAAAAAGAAACGAGAGCAGAAGAAAGAACAAAUCAACGGUCUCAUGCUGGCUAAGCAGACCCCAUCCCCAGCAGCUGAGCUGGACUUGGGGACCCUCCGCCUCGAUCCUACUGUGGCGGUGGGGGGCACAGGGCUGCGGGCAGCAGUGGCCCAGGUCCGACUCCUGGAGAGGAGGCCCAGCAGCCGGCCGGCCACUCCCACCUCCAACGCUUCUUCAACAGACACACCCACGCUCUCCGAGCAGAACGACAUGGAGGAGGACAUGCUGGACGUGGAGGACGAGGCUCAGGGCUCAGACCCUGAGAGCGCCAACACGUUAAACACCCUCAAGAGGCCCUUCGAUCUCCUGAUUGCUGCUGCCAUGCAGAUGAACCCCACACAGUUCCAGCUACCCAAUGACCUCACCUGCACUACCGCACUUCCAGGAACCAGCAAAAAGAGAAGGAAAGAGGAAAUGACGGGAAAGAAUGUGAAGCGGCCGCAGCAUGAGCUGGACCACUAUGGGCUGGUCCCACUGCCAGUCAAAGUGUGUUACACCUGCAGCAGGAGCUGCAGACUGGCUCCGUUGAUCCAGUGUGAUUAUUGCCCCCUUUUGUUCCACAUGGACUGUCUGGACCCACCGCUCACUGCCAUGCCCACGGGGAGAUGGAUGUGUCCCAACCACAUUGAGCACCUGGUGCUGAACCAGAGAAGCCUCACACUGAGCAAUCGCUGCCAGCUGUUUGACCAGUUUCAAGACCGCAUAUCCCAGCAUGCUGUCAAAGUAGACUUUUUGCAGCGAAUACACCGCCAGCACCCUCCGACACGACGAGCAGCUCACGUGCACAUGAAGAAAUCCCUGAAGGUUCCAGAUGCCAUCAAGUCGCAGUACAAGAAUCCGCCUGUAAUGAUGGCGCCUGCCGGAAUCCGGGAAGGCGAGCUGAUCUGCUCAGGUGUUCCGGAGAUCUCGCCGUCCCAGCACUUUGCCAGCGAUGAUGAGCAACACCAGUGGCUCAGGGACGUGAUCUCGCUCCAGUGUAGCAUCAUGAAGCAUCUGUCUGCCAAGCAGACGUCCUCCUCGCAGUGGGACUCGGAAAACACAGAAAAAAUGGACGUGAAGCCGUGUAUGGCGGCGGAAUCUGGCUCUGUGCUUUCUUCCCGCAGCACGGCCUCUGUGGCCUCUGGCAAGCUGCCGGACGUCCUCAGCCUUAACUCUACAGGAGCCAGUGGUGAGCACGGGGCGUGUAGCUCUUGCACAGACAGUCCAUGUCAGAACUGUGGAACCACCAAUGGUCCUAUAGACAGGCUGACCCAGGCCAACGGCAGGCAGAUCUGCUCAGGCGUCCUGGAGGAUGACCUCCAUCAAGGGCCAGUUAAACCCAUGGGCCCUGAAGCACCGCAUUCUCGCACUCCUCCUACCCCUUCGCCAUCGGGCCCGGACCUGUCCAACCAUGCUGGUCCCAUGCCUGUUAAGACCGAAGACCCAAGUUUAAAGUCCUGUGCUGCAACAGAGCCCCUUCCCUCUGUUAAAUCUGAGCCUAGCCCCCCUCUCUCACACACUCAAAGGACUUCCCCAAGCUUACAGGGGGGCCAGGUCUCUGUGCUGGCCAAACGGUUGCCGUCCUCCCUUGCCUCUGGGACGCGAGCCAUCACGCCGACCCAAGCUGUCCCAGAUACGGGUGCCAUCUGCCAGGCAUCUCCAGCACCCUCAUCUGAUGGAAAACUUGGCGAAGUUGCUGCAACACAAGGCAGUGGGUCAGAGCUCUUAAAUCUGGGAGACCUGUCCAGCUGCUUGAAGAGCAUGAUGAAGGGGACUGGAGAGAUUGAACUGAACACGUUAGACGAGAGGUUCAUCAAGCUCCUGGCAUGGCAGCGGAUCCAGCAGCUGUUGGAGCCAAAAGCACUUCCUUCACUCAGCGGUGUGGCGUCUCCUGCCACGACCUCCCUCGCACAGGACAACCGGCACACUGAAGCACAAAACAAAGAUGUACAGGCAAGAGCUACGUUUUAUCCUCUCUCUGGGAAGGGAGCGGCAAUCAACAUGUGCUACAGAAGCCUUUACAUUGGAACUGGUGCUGACAUGGAUGUGUGCCUUACAAAUUAUGGCCAUUGCAAUUACGUGUCAGGAAAACAUGCUUGCAUCUUUUAUGAUGAGAAUACAAAGCAGUACGAGUUGCUGAACUACAGUGAACAUGGGACAACGGUGGACAACGUGCUGUACUCUUGUGACUUCUCUGAGAAGACGGGGCCCAGCCCAUCCAGCAGCCUCGUGUCUAAAGUACAGAACAUCAUCCGCCGCUGCAAGAAGAGGAAGCAGGAAGAGCAGGAAGCGGCUGCCGAGGGAGCCGUCCUGCCUGACAGGGGUGUGAUGAGCAGCCAGGCCGAGGAGCCACCCGUCACGCCCUGUAGCUGCAAGGCCAGCGGCUCCAGCCUGAUCGGGGGCAGCGGGGCCGGCUGGGAGGGCACGGCGCUCCUGCACCACGGCAGCUACAUCAAGCUGGGCUGCCUGCAGUUCGUCUUCAGCAUCACCGAGUUCGCCAGCAAGCAGCCCAAAGAGGAAGAGGGUGCCAGCGCCAUCGCCUGCAGCCCUGCGCCCAGUCCCAGCCAGCAGGGGGAGCCGCUGGCCAAGCCCAACCCUCAGAUCCACCAAGUGCCAGUGCUGCACCACAACCCGGUUCCUUAGCCCUUAGGUCGGCGCCACCCGCGACUUUCAACCAACCAGCCUCGGAGCUCGGACUUGUAAAAAUAUCCGCUUCUUUUGUAAUUAUUUAAUUGUUCAUACAUUUGCAUGAGGUGAAGUAUUUUUUCCCUUUCCCUCUCUUUCAGAGGCUCUGAUUUUGUGGGCAAGUUGCACAUAGAAACUUUCUUUGUGUGUAAAUGCAGAAGUAAAUGCAUUUUUAAAAGGGAUUGGGCGUCCUUGAUAUUCUCAGAACCAAUGAGCAGCCGAGAAGUUUCCACUUGUAAAGAAAUGAGAACAUGUUCUAUUUUGUGCCAGUAACGAUAGUUUUUAUAUAAACAUGCUUUUUUUUUCUUUUUUUUUUCAUAAAAAACGGAAACUUUUAUUUACUCAUUUUUAUUUAAUGUACUGUAUUUGGAAGUAUAGUAAUGUUCUGGUGUUCCAUUUCGCUACCUUCACAGUAGCCUCUCUAUAUUCAGAUGUGCGCUCAACACAUGUGGAUAUGCUUACACGUUGUAUAUAUGUCUAUGUACCUGUAUCCAUGUAUCUGUGUGAAUAUGGAAAUAUCCACACACCAAAACCUACAUGAAAGGAAUCCAUUGUGUAAAAACCAGUGAUGAGGGAAGCACUGGAUUCCGUGUACAUAUACCGUUCUGGCUUUUAUAUUUGUACAGUGCUUCAUUUGGUUGAUGUUCUGUAGCUAUGAAAGUGUUAAGUCCUUUUUUUCCCCCCCUUCAAUACUGUAGUCAUUAUGUAUAUGUCUGUUUCAAAGAGAUUUCAUCAGAACAGUUUCAUGUACUCUGUAAUUACGAUUUUGACCAGUUUCUUGUCUGUCAAACAAUGUAAAUAUCUAAAGAUUUUAAAUAACAUGCUUUAGAAACACGA